AUGGAGUUUCUCGAGCGAUGGGUAUACAACCCGGCGACGCCGGCAAAACGGACGCGCGACAAACCCAUGAAGGUGCUUGCACUGGGCAUGUCACGGUCGGGAACGGAGUCUCUCUCGCGUGCCCUUCGCAUCCUUGGGUAUGGUCAUGUCUUCCACGGCUUCGAAAUGUGGGAAAGCACGCCAAUGCUAUGGCGGUCGUGGACGAUGCUCGGCCGACGGAAAUGGGGCAACGCCGGCCCUGCUGAUGGAACGCCAGGCAUUACCAGGGAGGACUUUGACAACUUGCUCGGACAUUGCGAAGCCAUUACCGACCAACCUGCUUCCCUCUUUGCGCCGGAACUGAUUGCCGCGUAUCCCGAAGCCAAAGUCAUUCUCAACCGCCGCGAUGUCGACACCUGGUAUCCCAGCCUCUGCACGGUGCUUCGUCCACUGACGACCGGAGUGUUUUAUCACGUACUGCCCUGGUUCAAUGCCGACCUGUAUUGGGAGGCACAGUAUGUUCAGGGCUGUUUGAAGCCUUUCUUCCACGGGUCUUGGGAACAGCACGGGAAAUGGGUCUAUGAGCAGCACAGUGCCACCAUCAGGGGAUCAGUCCCGUCGGAUCGGUUUCUGGAAUGGACUGUGCAGGAUGGCUGGGAGCCUUUAUGCCGGUUCCUAGAGAAGGAUGUCCCUGCAGAAGAAUUCCCCGACGGCAAUACCGUGGACAAGACUCUCGGUGCCCAUGACAACAAUGCAGACAAAUGCGUCGCCGCCGCGGCCCUACAGACGUUGCACUUCAAGGACAAGAUGCAACUCUGGAAACAUGACUUCAAAGGCAGGACGCUGAUUAUCGCCAUCACUAUGGCGUCAUGCCAGGCGUUCUUGCUGUUGGGUUUUGAUCAAGGCGUCAUGGCAGGGCUCGUCGGUGCGGACAACCGUUUCGGGAGGGACUUCAACAAUCCCGACGCCAACAUGCAGGGGAACAUCACGGCCCUGUACGAUAUUGGUUGUGUGCUCGGAUCCAUUGUAUCCUACUUCAUCGGAGAACGAAUGGGCCGUCGGAUGAUGCUGAUGCUCGGUGGUUUUAUCAUGGUGAUCGGUACAAUCAUUCUGGCCACUUCAGACACUGUCGCGCAGUUGAUCGUCGGGCGUAUCGUCACGGGGGUCGGCAAUGGCAUGAACUCUUCGACUGCACCAGUUUAUCAGAGUGAAUGCUCGCCCGCGUCGUACCGUGGUGCUCUAUUGACCCUGCAGGGCACAGUGACCAUCCUGGGAGUGGUGAUUGCCUACUGCCGUCUUCGCCAUCCUCCUCAUCCUCCAGUCGUGGGAUUACCCGAGACCCCCCGUUGGCUGGUCCAACACGACCGCCAUGAAGAAGCCCGCGCCGUCGUUGCCGCGAUCGAAGACCGUCCUCUGGAUGACCCUCUCGUAUCCAAGACUAUUCUAGACAUCCAAGUCGGCCUGGAAGAAGAGCAGAAGGGCGGGCCCUUCCGCUUCAAAGAGCUCUUCACCUGGGGCGAGGUACAGAACCUUCGCCGGCUGCUGAUCACCAUCACCAUCGAAUUGGGACAACAAUUUACCGGCUCCAAUAUAAUUAAUUAUUAUGGUCCUGUAAUGUUUCAAGAAACCAUGGGGAUGGACCGAAACCUGGCGAUGAUCCUGGGUGGCUGUAUCCAGUGCACAUAUCUGGUCGGCUCGGCAAUUCCGGUCUUCCUCAUGGAUCGGUUCGGGCGCCGGACGCUGUUGAUCAUCUGCUCCGCCGGUCUUUGUCUAUGCUUUGUGAUGGUGUCGAUUCUCCUCUCGCUGAACCGAAUGGAUUGUGCGUACGGCGCGACGGCGUUUAUCUUUAUUUUCCAGAUUUUCUACGGCGUGGGCUGGCUCCCGGUGCCGUGGUUCUAUCCGGCUGAGAUUAACACGACGCGCGUGAGAACGAGGAUGCAAGCCAUUGCGUCGGGGUGGAAUUGGAUGGCUGUGUUUGCGGUCGUCAAGAUCACUCCAAUUGCCUUUGACAACAUCAAAUGGAAGACGUUUGUGAUCUUCGCCGUGUUGAACGCGGCGUUUAUCCCCAUGGUAUACUUCUUUUAUCCUGAGACGAAGGGGCUGGAGCUGGAGGAUAUUCCAUUGCUAUUCACUAAGGGUGGCAUAACCGGUGGUGUAUACAGUUCCAAAGGUGGACGCACAGUCAUGCCUGGCCAGCAUGCGCAGGAGAGUCGAGUGGAUGAGAAGGUGGAAGGGGUGGCGCAGCAGGUGGAGGAUGUGAACUAG